CCCGCAGCACUCUUGGCUACUCCCAUCUCUCUGGCGACUGCAUCUUCUCCAUCGGCUCAGUAUCAUCAGGUGUGACCGUGUGAUAUUGUUCUACUCUGCUACUUCAUCCGCCGGCUGCUUAAUACCAUCAGUUUCUGCUGAAGCGCCAUGGGUCCUGCCAUUGUCUUCUUCCUCUUGCUUGCGUCUGCAGCACCGCUGCUCUUGGCGUCGCAUGUUUUGGGCGAUUAUCCCACGCCCAAACCCUCAACAGUUUGGAUCAACAACAAUGUUUUCUUCAAAGGCUCCAACAGCCGCAACAUCGUCCCCAGUGUUGUCGUACCUGACUCGAAUUCCCAAAUUUACACCGACGCAGGAUUCCACUGUGUCCCCUCUAUAUUCCAGUGCGACCAGUACCUCUUUGCGGUAUCCAUUGGCAACUCGAACACUCAACAAAUUUCCUGGUCUUUCAACCAGGAAAUUGCCAGCUCCGUCGACACUCGGCAGAUUGUCUGGUCUGCCAACCGGGAUCGUCCUGUUAGGGAGAAUGCCACACUUGAGCUUACCACAGAUGGAAACUUGGUCCUCCGUGAUGCCGAUGGUAGCCAGGUCUGGUCAAGCAACAGCUCGGGCCGAUCUGUAGCUGGCAUGGUGAUCAAAGAUGUCGGCAAUCUGGUGUUGUUUGAUCACAAUAACAGAAGCGUGUGGCAGUCAUUUUAUCAUCCCACCGACACAUUGGUCCUUGGGCAGUCACUUGUGGAAGGUAUGCGGCUCACAUCAAAUACUUCUGCAACAAAUACGACGGAGAAUAUGUUCUAUAUCACUGUGCUACCAGGUGGAUUAUAUGCAUUUAUUGAAUCCACACCACCACAGUGCUACUUUUUAAAUCCCUUGAGUGAAAACAAGACAACAAAUGAUCCAACAAAGGUCACAUUCAUGAGUGGAAGCCUCACCACGGAUGAGUCAGGGCAGCCAGAUUUUCAUACUAAUCUCGUACUUCCUCCAGCUAAAUCCACCCAGUUCAUGAGAUUAGAGUAUGAUGGACAUCUGAGGGUGUAUGGAUGGUCUGGUGAUGGAUGGACUCCAGUGUAUGAUGUAAUGUCAUCAAUGGAGAAGGAUGAUUGUGAUUACCCAACAGUUUGCGGGGAGUAUGGCAUAUGCACAAAGGGGCAAUGCGGCUGUCCAUUUGAUACUAAUUCAAGUUCAAGCUACUUCAAGCUGGUGGAUGAACAUACGCCAAAUCUUGGUUGCACACCAAUAACUCCAAUAUCUUGUCAAGAAAUACAACACCAUCGGCUCUUGACCCUUCCCAACAUCUAUUACUUUGACGAAAGCAACACGGCUGCCAAUGCAACAAGCAUCGAUGACUGUAAGCAAGCCUGCUUGAAGAACUGCUCCUGCAUGGCUGUUUCGUUCAGGUAUAAAUGGAAUGCUCCCCGCGGGAUAUGUGUGUGGGUGACAAAGGUCUUUUCCUUGAAAUCGAUACAACCUGGUGUUGAUAACAACUCUUCUGCUUACAUUAAGGUGCAACUUAGCCCCUCUACUGAAAACAGAACGGAGGUGCAGCCCAACGCCUCUAAUGAAAACCAAACGAAGGUGACAUUAGGUGCUUCACUUGGUGUUGUUACGGCUCUUGUAUUGCUUGUCAUUGUUGUCGCACUUUAUUUAAAAAAAAGGAAAAAGUAUGAAGAGAUAGAUGAAGAAUUUGAUUUUGAUCAAUUCCCUGGAAUCCCGGCGAGGUUUUCUUUUGAAAGAUUGAGCGAAUGCACAGAAGGGUUCAGUAAGAAGCUCGGAGAAGGUGGGUUUGGAUCAGUGUUUGAAGGCAAAUUAGGUGAAAAUAGAGUUGCUGUGAAACGUUUGGAAGGUGCUAGACAAGGAAAGAAAGAAUUCUUGGCAGAGGUUGAGACUAUUGGUAGCAUUGAACACAUCAAUCUUGUCAGGCUGAUUGGCUUUUGUGUAGAGAAGUUUGAGAGGCUUCUGGUAUAUGAGUAUAUGUCGAGAGGGUCGCUUGAUAGGUGGAUCUAUUACCGACAUAAUAAUGCCCCUCUUGAUUGGUCCACGUGUUGUAGGAUCAUUCUGGAUAUUGCCAAGGGCCUAUGCUAUCUUCAUGAGGAUUGCAGACGGAAAAUUGCUCAUUUGGAUAUCAAACCACAAAAUAUUCUUUUGGAUGACAACUUCAACGCCAAAGUAGCUGAUUUUGGACUAUGCAAGCUAAUAGAUAGGGAUCAAAGCAAGGUUGUGACUAUGAUGAGAGGAACACCUGGAUAUCUGGCACCUGAAUGGUUGACGUCACGGAUCACUGAAAAUGUUGAUGUCUACAGCUUUGGAGUUGUCAUCAUGGAAGUAAUAAGUGGAAGAAAGAAUAUCGACAACUCUCAGCCGGAGGAGAAUGUCCAGCUCAUAAAUCUAUUACGAGAAAAAGCUCAAAACAACCAAUUGAUUGAUCUGAUUGAUGUGCAUAGUGAUGAUAUGCUCUCGCAGCAUGAGGAUGUGGUUCAAAUGAUGAAGCUCGCAAUAUGGUGCCUGCAACAUGACAGCAUUCAAAGGCCUUCAAUGUCAAUCGUGAUCAAGGUAUUGGAAGGUGCGAUUAGCAUACAGACUUUCGAUGCAAAUUCAAUCAUGUUUGCUCAAGAUAAUCCAUCAGCAUAUUCAGCUCCAUCUCAAGCAUCCAUAUUAUCUGGCCCAAGGUGAAACGUGUGGGUAAUGAGCAGAAGAUCGAAUGUCAAACUAUGGACUUUGGCUUUUGUAUCCUAUCCUAUUUGUACU